AUCCACUCAAAAAACGAACCGCAGCCACUUCUCCAAAAGUUUCCUAUCUUGAUAAAAAGGAGCAUCCAGCCACCACCAAGGAGACCCUACUGGGGGCAGUGAGCCAGUGCCGGGCCCUGCGCCAAGUCCAGGGCUCUUUGCCUGUGGUGGUGGCGCUCAGAGACCACCCGGCUGCUCCCCCAGGAGCCCCCAGUCUCCGCCCACUUGCGCCCCUGCUGUGCACGCCCAGCACCAGGACCCUCCCUACCCUGACCUGGGCUGUGAGAGCAGCAAAAGUCCAGAGUCCCCACCUGGGCAGCCUCGCCGCGGCCCCUGCUCCGGGACCCUGUCCCCAGCGCCUCCACGGUUAAUGCCGCAAGUUCCAAGGUAAGUUUCACCACAUUCCCAUCGGCGCUGCGCUUUGUUGCAGCUUAAGCACGCCCUCUCCCCAGCCCUCGCGGCCCCACCCCCGCCCCUGGACCCCUGUGCACCGGGGCGUCUGGAGGCGCCGCUUCUCUGCAAAAUGCCCGCAUGUCAAAGUUCGCGCAUCCCAGUUGGACGCGCCCUCCCGGCCCUGCUGGCUGCUGGCUCUGCAGUUUUCCAAAUGCGGACGAUGCCACGAGCCAAGAGAAAACUCCAAAGCACCCCCGGCUGGAGCCACGCGGCGCCGGCACCACGGCUCCCACCGCGCCGCGGGCACACCCCCACCGCGACAGCCAGCAAGUUUGCGGGGGUUGCCCGGGCGGGCUGAGCGGGACUCACCGCGGAGCCCCUCCAGCCGGGCUGGUGACAGCGGCCGCGGGCGCAGGGUCGCGGCUCCCGGAUACGAUGCGCCCCGUGCGGCUCCCAGGGAGAUGCUGCAGCCGCGGCAGCGCGAUCCACCUUCUCCCCGAGCCAAUCGCGAAUGCAGGGGUGGGGGAGGCCGGAGCUCCCGAUGCGUCCGCACUUGGGGGGCGGGGGGGAGGGGAAGCAGGAAGAAAGGAGACACCAGGCACCCCCGCUCCGCACCCUUGCCCUUCCCCCAGCCCUCCUGCAGCAGCAAAGACUUAGCAGGGAGGGGAUCUUGGAGAGGAGGGAGAGAGGAGGAGAGAGAGAGAGAGAGGGAGAGAGAGAGAGAGAGGGAGAGAGAGAGGGAGAGGGAGGGAGAGGGAGGCCCGGGUGGCAGGCUCUACAGAGUUCAGAAGAGCGACCUUUCAGCCCGCACACCUUGAGCCCGGCCUGCCGGGCUGUGUCUGCAGGUCGCUCCUGCGCCCCGGCCGGGGUCGCCCAAGGCGGAGGUCAGGUGAACAAAAGGGACGCUCCCGCCGGGUGCAGGCUCACACAGGCCACCGGCCGGCCGCCCGCGAGCCCCGCACCGGCGGGGGGAGGGGGAGGAGAGGGGGAGGGGAGGGCCGACCCGAGGGGCCGGAGCGGGCGCGGCCCCUCGGAUCGGGAGCCUCACCUUUGCUGUCCUUAUAUACGCGGCCAAGCAUCCCAAACACGCGCCCGGCCAAGUGGCCCCCUCGGGCUGUGCUCCUUGACCAUAUUUAGUCAAGCAGGGGAAAAAAUAGCCUGUCAGCUGGGCCGCGGCUGGCCGGCCACCGGGAACAGGGUGGGAGCGCCAGCGCCAUUGACGGCCGGUCCUGGGCCCGGGCGGCUGUCCCUGGCCGCUGCCCCUCCCAGCCCCUCCCCACGGGCCUCCCACCGGCUGUUCCUGCCCCGCCGGCCCCCGGCUAUUUUUAGCCCAGCCCAGUACAGAGGCGCCUGGCGGCAGCGGGCAACAACCUCUUGGGCCACACAGCCCGCUGGCGGGGGUGCCCCGGGGAGACCCGGGUGGCUCCCAGAACACAGGCAGGAAGCAGGCCUGCCGCCUCCUCCCCAUCCUCAGCCUCCAGCGGGCUCAGCCUUGCCCCUUUUCCCAGAAUCAGGGCCCCAAUCGGGUGGUGAGGGAGCCACCGCGCUUCCAGAAGCUCCCAAGCCAGCCCCGAAAUGAUGACAGGUCACCUUGGACAGCGGGCCCCGCGGUGUGCUUGCCACACUCCAGCCAGUCCUGCGCCAGGGCGAGCCUGAGAGGGGCGCCCUGUCCUGGGCUCCUACCUGCGAGACGUAGCUGCGUGUGCCAGGCGCAGCCUGCGAGACCAACCUUGCAGGGCUGGGACACAGAGGGGACUGUCCCCCACCACGUGCAAGCUGGGCAGGUCUCCUGGCCUCUCUGGGGUCCCCCGGGACCAGGACAAGGGACUGCAGCAACCUGGGGCGACUGCUUUCCCAAAGGCCAGGUGUUCUAGAAGCUUCUCUGUGGAUUGGCUCUUGGUCUUCAAAGCAGCCCUAAGAGGUUUCACUUGUGCUUUCCGACCACAGCCAGCACCGUCUCUGCUAAGAUGAGCCCAGCGGACCCUCGAAAUGGGCGUGGAGCACCCGAACAGAGUCUGCGUCCAGUGUGUCCGGAGUCCACGGAAGAGGCUCCCCGUCCUGGUCCCCAGGGAGGUGACCGCGGCGGGACGCUUCCUCGCACCCCCGGGACGGCUGUACAAACAAGAGCCCCAGGGGGAGAACAGUGUUGGUGAGGAGGUGGUGAAACCGGAAGCUCAGGUGCUGCUGGUAAGGGCACAUCAGGGGGCGCAGCCACGGUGGAAGGUGCCCUGGCAGCUCCUGGGAACGUUCAGCCGUCACACCCGGCAAGUCACUCCUCGCUCGGGCCGCAGCUCAGACAAGGACCCGAGCCAGCCAGAGGGGGAAAGGGCGAGCCGGCUGCCGAUGGGGACAGACCCGUCCCGAAGGGCUUCAUCCACACCGGCCACACCAGGGGCGAACCUAGGAGGCCUGGUGCUGAGUGAUGACACGGACGUGGAAGGCCGCGUGCUGUGUGUCCCAUGCCACCCGCUCCCGAGGCAGGCGGGGCCACACAGAUGGAGCAGCGGUUGCCGGGGGUGGGGUGGGGUCGGGGGCUGACCACUGGAUGGGAACCCUUUCGGGGAAGGAAAACCUUCUGGAACCAGAAGGGGGCUUGCUAAAUGCUGCGGAAGCAUUCACGUGAAAACAGUUGAUUUUGGAGAUCCCGUUGGCUCGGCAGGUUAAGGAUCUGGCAUUGUCUCUGCCGUGGCUCAGGUCGCUGCUGUGGCCCCGGUUUGAUGCCAGACCUGGCAACUUCCACAUGCUGUGUGUCCAGCCAAAAAAUAAAAUAAAACAGCUAACUUUAUGUUAGGUGAAUUUCACCUCAAGUAAAAAACAACCAGAAAAGACGAAAACUACGUCUUCUCCCCACCGACCCCCACCGCCCAGACACAGGGCCACCCAGACCCAGGCACAGGUGCCCAGGCUGUGAGCUCCCACUCUCUUGGGGACCUGAGUGGUGGAGAGGGGACCCCAAUUUCACCUCGC